AUGCCCGGAGUUUGCGCACGUUGUCAUCGCGAAGUUUAUUUCGCGGAAGAAAGGUUGGCUCUCGGAAAAGUUUGGCAUACGUUCUGUUUCUCUUGUUUUAACUGUCGAAAAUUGUUGGACAGUUGUACAGUAUCGACUCAUCGUGGCGAAUUAUUUUGUCGAAAUUGUUAUUCCCGACUUUUUCCAACUAUUUUACGUUCCUCUAAAGAAAACAUUUCAUCGAAAGAAAUCAAAAUAUUUCCAUGUGCAACAAUCCCAAAUACAUCGAUCUCCCUAAACGAUUCCACUUGUUGUUAUUGUUGUUGCUGCUGUGCCACUGAAGAUUCUUCAAUCGGUGAAACAUCGUCGAUAAACAAUAAAGAUUACCAUUUGAAGAAGAGUAGACUUCGAGGGGGUGGCGAAGAAGAGGAAAAGUCCCAAUCGAGGUAUAAAUUAUUGUGUAUUUCCAGUACGGAAGGAAAUCAUAAAAAUCCAAUCAACAAUUCAUCUACGCCACGUCCUUGUCCAAGAUUAUCGGUUCGUCGUGUGUCUUUUUGCGAAGAGAAAAAUAUUGUUGAUUGUCAUCGUGAUAUGCAGAAUGAUUGCAGAGUAUUCUUGGAAGAUCGUAAUUUCGACGACAGUUCUAAUGUAGAUAUUCUAACUAUACGUUCCUUCGAGGAUGUAAGAAAACUCGAUCAGGAUUUAAACGACGAAGAUUUAAAUUAUUCCGAUACUGUUAACUGCACGCAAAUAUCCUGUAAUGAUAAUACGCUCGUUCGCAAACAUAACGAUAACAAUAUUGACAAGGAUAUGCCAAAUUGUAUUCAUAGAAAUCUUCAUGAUUCUUUGAACAACAUUGAAGAUAAAAAUGAAGAGGAUGAAGACGAUCGUAUGAGAGGAGGUCACGGAGGAAAUAAUUGUCGUAAAUCAAAAAAAGUAGAAGGUUGUUGCGCUAGUAAAGCGAUUAGUGAGGAAUGCGGAUGUUUUUCUUGUCAAAAUGUAGAAAAUAAAGGUUGCGGUUACCGUAAACGAUGUUUAGAAUUUCAGUCAUGUCCUUCGCGGGAAUACGAUCCUUGUUUGGACAAUCAUAAAAGUGCAUCUUGCAAGAGUGCUAGUUGUUCUCCACCAUGUAUCGAUAGAAGAGGUUGUCCACCGCCGGGAUGUAGACCAGUUUGUAGGAAACCUAGAAGAAGUUGUUGUUCACCUUGUAAAGGAGAGUUACCAAGUUGUGGUGGUGGGGGAUGUUGUGGCAGUGGUUGUUCUGGAGGAUGUGGUAAGCCUGGUCAAACUUGUAUGCCAGCCCGACCAUGUUCGACUUCACCUUGUCGAUCGUUUCCUCCUUGCAUUGAAACAACUUGCACAUCACCGCGUCCUUGUAAUCCGACUUCACCAUGUUGCCGACCACCCAGCGGAGGAGGAUGUUGCAGUGGUGGUGGUGGCUCGAGCUACUGCCGGUCAAGAAGUUCACCAUGCCGUACCAUUCUCAGCGGUGGUUGUUGUUGCGACAACGUUACGUGCUGCGAUAUCGAUAGAGCUGAUUCUUGUUGCAAGGCUAAACUACCUUCAGGAUGUGAAUGUCUAGGUGGUGGUCUGAAUUGUCAACGUUGCGGACGGAAAGUGUACCAAGCUGAAAUGCAGAUCGCAUCCGGUGUACCCUAUCACAACAUUUGCUUCAGUUGCUUUUGCUGUCGUAAACCUCUCGAACCUUUAACGUAUCAAGAGAAUUGUGGCGAAAUUUAUUGUAAACAAUGCUACAUCAGAAAUUUCGGACCGCAAGGAUACGGUUACGGUAUGGGAGCUGGUGCGCUGCAGACCCCAAUGUGAAGCAAUAAUAUCGGAGAGGAUAUGCAAAAACUCAAUGUUAUUCUACUUCGAUUUACAAAUAUGCACAAAUAUUUGUAUGGAUACUACUAUUUUCGUAACGAAUGUUGUGGCAGAUAUUGUUUUAUCGUAUCGUACGAUCCUUUUUGCA